CAGUAACGAAACGGGAUCUGCCUCGAGAAUAGUGCUGUGCGGUCCGCAGAAAUGAAAUAACCGAUGACUCGAUGAUGGGCCACUGACACUGUAGUCGCGACCACGAGAUGCCAGAGAAGCACCUACCCUGCACACUGCACGCCAUAGUUCAACCACGCCAUGGGCCUAUGAUAUGAAAAUCGAACCCGGUCUGAUGUAAAGUUCUUAUCUGUGGAAUAAUUCCCUGCUACGUUUGGAAUAAAGUUCGUAGCCGCGAUGUGCUGGUAGAAUGUUUUAUUGCCGUCCUAUGCUCACUUCCUCUGUCCUGGCCGAGUAUCCGCGGGGGGCCGUCCAAUGGCGCCUGUAUCACAUAUGGACCUAUAAAAACUCGCAGAAAUGGGGGGGGGAGCAUUCACUCACAAAGCAAGCAUGCAUCCCAGCCCAGACAAAUCGUCCGUGCACCCCGACCACUCUAACUCGUCCGACCUUUGUUCGGCCCUUCUCAGGACGCACCUAUUAAGUAAAUCCUACACGCUGGACGGUGCCGUGGGGGACACUUACUUUCCACUCGCUCAACCAGUACGCUACUAUCCGCAGCUCACUUCGUGUUUGUUCAAAGUCAGUACAGAAACUCGUCCCCAAAAUAGACCCUACUUGUCCAGGAAAAGGGAGAGUACAUAUAUCAUUACAAGGUCAGCCAUCAUCAGAUUCGUUCCUUUUUUGGUCGCGGCAGAAGCUCUCGUCAGCGAAUCGUAUUCGUUCAGUGACUCUGUCCAGUGCACCUUGGAAACAAGCCAAGUAGUGCACCGCAGCGUAACUCACAUACCUAAUUAUACCGCUUGGGCAACAGAACUAGGAUCGGCCACACCGGAUAACUCUUACAGUGUGCCUCCACAAAAUGCAGUACAAGCCCCGGCCAAUGAAACUCAGUUCGCCAAUUGCCCGCCAGGACGAUGCCUCUAUCCAAGUGUAGAUGGGACUCCAUGUCUGCAAGAGAUCAACUGUGCCACAGUUCCAAGCCACUUUAUUGCCCAUGGCAUAGAGAACAAGUCUCGUAAGAAGGUGAUCCAUUGCGAGUGGAGUGGGUGUGUCAAAAAAGUUACUCGGCACACAUUUCCGCGCCAUAUUCGCGAAGUACACCUUCGACACAUAAGGGGGACAAAUAUCCACAAACCUGACUCCCCUUCCUUGGGAGACCCGAUGAAUUCGGCCAAUGACCCCAUUGAUCGAGGCAUCUCAGCUCAAAUGAGAAACACAAAUAGUGGAUUGGAACAGCCGUCGCUAUCCAAGUAUCGGUCCCUGUGAUGGGCAUUCACUCGUGCGCGCAUCCCGUGGCUGCAAUGUAGCACCACAAGGUUUAACUGUUCGGAGAUAUGGCUCAUUAAUGAGAUUGUUGAGGCUUUGCCUUUAAAUGCAUAUCUUUCUUAACG